AUGCUGAGUGACACAAAGAGGAUGAAGUACACCGCCAUGCUCCAUCCCCAUCCUUCAGGUAAAGGAGACGAGCCACAGCAACCUGUGUGUCAGGAAGAGGAGGUAGUGUUGGAUCAGCAGGUCUGUAACCUGGAGAGGAACUCUGGUCCAGACCAAGAGCCUCCACAGAUUACAGAGGAUCAGGAGGAACCCUGCAGCCGUCAGGAGGGAGAGCAGCUCAUACUGAAACAGGAGACUGACACAAAAAAUGUGCCACAGCAAUUUCUGUGUAAGAAAGAGGAGUUUCUGGCUGACCCACAUAUCUGUUACCAGGAGAGGAGCUCCAGUCUAGACCAGGAAGGACCAAAGCCUCCACAGCUUACAGAGGAUCAGGAGGAACCCUGCAGCUGCCAGGAGGUAGAGCAGCCCGUACUAAAGCAGGAGACUGGCACAUGCUUGAACAGUGACAAAGAUGUGCCACAGCAACAUGUCUUUAAGGAAGAGAAGGCUUUUGCUGAUCAGCGGGUCUGUAAACAGGAGAAGAACUCUGGGCCAGACCAAGAGGAGCCAGAGCCUCCACAGCUUACAGAGGAAAAGGAGGAACCCUGCUGCCGUCAGGAGGGAGAGCAGUUUGUACUGAAGCAGGAGACUGGCACAUGCAUGAACAGUGACAAGGGUGUGUGUGCAUGUUUCUUAGAUGUGCCACAGCAUCAUUUGUGUAAGAAAGAGGAGGCUCUGGCUGACAAGCAGGUCUGUAAGCAGGAGAUGAACUGCAGCCCAGACCAAGAGGAGCAAGAGCCUCCACAGCUUGCAGAGGAUUGGGGAGAACCCUGCAGCAGUCAGCAGCUGCUACUGAAGCAGGAGACUGACACAUUCCCACUGACUUCUACUAAUGAGGGUUGUGACCACGGAGAACCAGAACUACAAAAUGAGCACCAGCUCCUUCCUCACAACUCCCAUGAUGUUGUGAAUCAAGACCCUAAAGUAAGCAAGCACAGGGACUCUAAAACAGCUAGAAACUCAGUACCAAAACAAGGGCAAAAUCUUCUCUAAAGACGAAGGCACAACUCUGAAACAUCAGACACCGGCUGUAAUUCCCUGCAAGGUCAAAAGUCCUUCAAAGCUGUUACGGAUAAGUUAUCAUUACAGACACAUGAGCAUGUCAGCACUGGUAAAGAAACACCUACUUGUGAGACUUGUGGGAAAAUGUUCUAUUUCAAGUCAUUAUUGAUACUUCAUAGAAAGAGUCAUACAGGUCAAAGGCCAUAUUGUAAAACAUGUGGAAAAGAUGUCAGAGAUGGCUAUGCACUGAAAGUCCACAUGAGGACACACACAGGUGAGAAGCCAUUUUCCUGUCAAUUAUGUGGAAGCAGUUUCAGGUAUAAUCAUUUAUUUAAACGCCAUAUGCAAAUCCACACAGGGCAGAAGCCAUUUUCUUUCAAAACCUGUAAAAAAGAUUUCAGAGAUAACUGUGACUUCAAAGCCCACACAAAGACCUGCACAAGUGAGGAGGCUUCCUCCUGCAGCUUCAGUGGAAAAAGCCUCAGUAACGGGGCAGAUUUGGACAUGCGUGUUCAAAUUCAAACAGGUAAAUGGCCAUGUGACGCAUGUGGCAAAUCUUACCGAUAUAAAAGUGACUUGAAAAAGCACAUGAUAACACACACAGGUGAGAGACCAUUUGUGUGCAAAAAAUGUGGCAAAUCUCUCAGUUUCAAAAAUAGCUUCAAUGCUCACAUGAGAGCACACACAGAUGAGAGGCCUUACUCCUGUAACACCUGUGGAAAAGGCUUCUUUCGCCCAAUAAACUUGAAGGAGCACAUUCAAACUCACACUGGUGAAAGGCCAUUUGUGUGCAGAACGUGGUAAAUCUUUCAGUUUCAAAAAUGGCUUUAACACUCACAUGAGAGCACACACAGGUGAGAGGCCUUUAUGCAAAACCUGUGGAAAAAGCUUUGCUUGGCUAUCAGAUCUGAAUAGACACAUUUUAAUUCACACAGGUGAAAAGCCGUUUACAUGUGGCACAUGUUGCAAAUCUUUCGGACGUAAAAGUAGCUUGAAAUCACAUGAAAACACACACAGAUAAGAGUCCUUUAUCCUGCAGGAUCUUUGGAAAAACCUUCCCUUCUCAAUCAGAUUUUAAUGAGCACACUGUAAAUCACACAGGUUAAGAGCUGUCUAUGUGCGACAUAUGGCAAAUCUGUCGCACUUUCAAACUCUUGAGGGUCCACAUGAGAACACACACAGGGUAGAGGCCUUACUCCUACUGAACCUGUAAAAAAAGCUUCUCUAAGGUGACAGGCCUGAGAAGGCACAUACUAAUUCACACAGGUGAAAAGCUGUUUACAUGCCAAACAUGUGGCAAGUCUUUCAGCCGUAGUGAUAGAUUGAAAAGGCACAUGAAAACAGACCACGCAAGUGAGCUGUAAUUUUGCUAAGUGUAACUAAUCACUCUAAGGUUGUUACAAUUUUCAUGAUUCAUUCAUUGUUUCAAUGCCAUGUGCUUUAAUGAUAAAAGAACUUUAAUAAUUACAUCCCUCAGUACCAAAAUUAUAUAGGGAAAAAAACUAUACACUUACACUUCCCCCCAGCUGAGAAAAAAGAGAGUCCAGCAGUGGGUGAUAAAGUAGCAAAGAAGCUAUUGUGUAACUGCUUCAUAGCACUUGUUCUCUUGGGAUCUUAAGCUCUUUUUUGCAUCUGCUCCAAUCUGUGCAUCUGUGGUUAUCCUACUUUUUUGCCCAAAGCACACCAAAGAUUAAGCCAGAGUCGCAAGGUACACCCCAUUCUUAUCCAUGCAAAAUAGCCUUUUUAAAAAGUGUUACUGUAUCUUUAGUUGUUGUAUUAUUAACAUACUGUUGUGCAUUUUCCAAUCACAAUUAUGUAUCGUUUGUAUGCAUAGUUAGAUUUUUGCCUGCUUUAAUUGUGUCCACCUAAGUGGAUCUUCAGUGCAACCCUGAGCACAAAUCAGGCCUUAGAAAGAUGUGAUCACCCCUAGUUUAUUUCUGUUAUUUUAUUUGCAGCUAAUGCACCACCAUAAGUUAGUUUGUUCCUUCAGAUCAGGUGUACUUUUCCAUUAGUUACUGACUUGUUAAACAGGCAUUCACAGUGCUAAGAUCAGCUCUAGUUUUUGUUCUCUUUUUAUACCUCUCUUCUUGGGACUGAACCAAACUAUUUUUGUGCUUUUUAAUGUUUCUUUGUUUGUUCUUAAUGUUUUUUUGUUCUUAAUACCACUUGACUUGAGGGGGAGUUCAUGUGAUAGUAUUAAGUUCUAAAUAAAACCAA